AGAUGGUAGUAGUGCAACCAAACAAGAAAAACCCUAGUCACUCUUUGGUGAUCUCAUAAAAUUACUAAAAAAUAUAUUUUUCUUCAUUUCUGUGUGACGGGCUCGUUAUUUCAGUACAUUCUUGAUUACAAUUAAUUAAAGUAAUUUAUUGACAUUUUGAAUGAUCUUAAUUACUUCAGUUUCGGUGUGUUGUGUUCAUUUCUUAUUAUGCUUUGACAGCGGCAGAAGAAUAGUUAGAAGAAAGUUUUGAAAUACUCAACAAGUCUGCCACCCAGGAGAAAUUUAUUUGUACAUAAGACAAAAAUGACUGAAUAUAAACUAGUAGUAGUAGGCGCUGGUGGUGUGGGCAAAUCAGCACUAACCAUACAGCUUAUACAAAAUCAUUUUGUAGAUGAAUAUGACCCUACUAUAGAAGACUCCUACAGAAAACAAGUGGUAAUAGAUGGGGAUACUUGUCUUUUGGACAUUCUGGACACUGCUGGUCAAGAAGAAUACAGUGCUAUGAGAGACCAGUACAUGAGAACUGGUGAAGGGUUUCUUUUAGUGUUUGCAGUAAAUUCUGCUAAAAGCUUUGAAGAUAUAGGCACAUACAGGGAGCAAAUUAAGCGUGUAAAAGAUGCAGAAGAAGUUCCAAUGGUCCUUGUUGGAAAUAAAUGUGACCUGCCUUCAUGGCCAGUUGAUAUGGGCCAAGCCAGAGAGGUUGCCAAAUCAUAUGGUAUACCAUUUGUAGAAACCUCAGCCAAAACAAGGAUGGGUGUUGAUGAUGCCUUUUACACAUUAGUUCGGGAAAUUAGAAAGGACAAAAAUAGGAAAAAAGCUGCUCACGGACAUGGUCAUGGGCGUGGACCUUUCAAGCUAAGGUGUUCAAUACUAUAGAUAGACUGGAAUUGUUAUCAAUGAUCUCUAUGGGAAGAUCAAGUGAUAAUUGUUAUAAAUUAAUUAUAACAACUCACUUUGAUUUUUAAACUGGCUACAGAUUAGAGUGGGUUAGAGGAUAUGGCUCUUUUGACAGUACUUAGAACUUUUUAGUGCGUUUGUGUAAUAGUAUAGUUUUAUUUUAUUUGAAAUAUUAAUGUGUGAAAAUGAGAUUUUAUCUAAAUAUUUAUAACUUUAUGUACUGUGAAGGAAAAUGAAAAUGAACAUUACACAAUCUACUUUUAUAUUAUAGAAACAUUUCUUAUAUACAUUCUAUCCAAUUAUGAUUUCUACAGAUAAAAAUCAUAAAUGAAAAAUUACCGAUGCCAUUUUUCUUUUCCUGCAUUGUCCUGUAAAUAUUUUUUAAAUUGUUGAUUAUUUCUAAUUUUCUUUGUCUAUAUACACUGUCAUAAGACUUUAUUUUUGCACUUCCUAAUCUGUGGCAUUGUUGUGAGUUAAUAAAGAAAAAAAAUGCAGCGUGUGUGUCUUAAAAUGGAGUGUAAUGUGUGACAAUGAGUUAACAAUAUCAAAUAUUUAGUUUCAGGUUUUUAUAUGUACUAUAAAGAUAUUUUUUUAUAUUGGGAAACUUAGGAAACAAAAUUUUUAGUGAAUGUGUAAAUUAUAUUUUAAUUGCUUUUGUUUUAUUUUAUUUCUGUUAUGCUUUUAUCUUUGGUACCAGAGUGUUAAUUCCAAAGUAGUUAUCUCUUAAUAUUGACGAGUUUAAAAUUGAGGAAUAUGACAAAAGCUUGUUGGCUGUUAAACAUUUUUAUUUUCCAAUCUAGUUAAUACUGAAAUUUUAAGUCACUUAAACUCUUCAUUCAACUACUCUCCUUUUAUUUGAACUCACAUUAAGACUGGAAACAUUCACCUUUUAUGUAUAAUGAAGCAAAAAUCUAUGAACAUUCUAAAGAGAUUAAUAAUUUACAAUUUUGUAGGAGACAAAAAAAUUGUUUAUUUUAGCAAUAAUUGUUAUUUAAAACAUAAUAGUUGUUUCCAGUUUCUCAAUAUUAAGAUUACAGAAUGAACUCUGCUUAUAAUUUUAAUGAAAAAAGUUCUAAAUUGCUGUUACGUACCUAUUAAAAAACAAAUUUAUGUAUAAGAUUAUAAGAAAAUUUGCUUCUUCAAAAAUAUAUAUUCUCUACGCACACUGUUUGUGAUGAAAUUUUUACACAUACAAUACAUUACUUAGUUGUUAAGGAGGGUAAAGUUUCUGGUAAUUUAGUUUCUCUUGUGUACAUGUUACAUUUAUCUAUAAUCUAUAAAAGAAAAAACUGAAACUCUUAUCUUUAAAAGUAGGUUAUUAUUAUUCACAGAAUAUUGUUUUUCUUGUACCACUUCACAUGCAGGUCAUCUUCCUCACAUAGUUUUCCUCUUUUUGCUUCCAUUUUCUUUAUUUGGUCAAUCAAUUACUUCUCUUCCUUAUAUAUCUGAUGUUAACUGAGGAUUCCGGUCGUUUUUGUAUCCAUUUUUUUCAUUAUCUCUUCUUCUCAUCUUUCUUAAUUCCUCUAUUUGUCCACAUAACUCUUUCUUUCUUGAUUUGUUUUGGUUUUCUAAUACUGUUCCAAUUUCUCUUGUGAAUCUGUUUUCAUUCUUACUACAUGUUCAUACGAAUUCAGAAGUUUCUUGCCUUAAUUUUAUUUUUAUAAGGUAUUUCAUUUCCAUUCCAUUUAUUUUUCCUCUUGUUUGUUCAAUUUUCUGUUGCUUAUGUUAUAGUUGGUAGUUAUCAUGUAAUAUAUCGUAUUGUUACUUUUGGUGUCCUAGUAUUGUUUUAUUCACCAAUUCACUCGCCCCGUUCUUCAGCUAUCUCUGUACCACAAAAUAUUAAUCAUGAUAUUGUUAAGUGUAAAUAUUUAAAAUCAACAAUUUGUAGCCUUAAUAUUGUUUUAAAAACCUUUUUUAAUUGUCUUUUCUCUCUUUGUUUAUUCACAGAGAUACUUUGAUUAAUUAGAACGCUCUUAAUGGAAUUUAAAAUUAAUCUAAAAUUAAAUACCUAUAAAGAACUGUGUAAAAGAAAGAAAAAAACCUAACAGUGUGCAAAACUAAUAAUGAUAAUGAAAGUGAAUAUGAAAAAGGUUACUAAAUUGAUUUAGGACAAAUGACCUACUCCAAAUCAGUGCUCUAAUAUAUCGAGCUGCUUAAUUAUACCUUAACUGUAAUUAAAGGGGGAAACCUUGCAAUGUUCUAUUAAACGUCUAAAUAUCCUUGUUUAUUCUUAUUAUAUCAUGACGUUGGAUGCCAUAAUAUAUUUAAAACUAUAUUUAUUUGUUAUUAUAGGUUUUAAAUAUAAUUAUUUAUUCACUGAUAUUGUCGCUGUGAUUAAGUCAUGUACCAGAUUAUAGACCCCCAAAAAGUUGACUCUGCUCUUUGAAGUUACAAAAAUUAUGAAGGUUAUUCUAGGUUUGUUUUACUUUGUUCCAAAACGGCAUAGAGUUGAUAAUGAAAAUUUAAAAAAAAAAUAGAUUUUGAGCUGGCACCUCAGUUGUUUCAAAUUUGUUCUCAAUUGUUCGAAAGUAUUGCUUUAAAAAAUUUUUUUCUUAUAAAUUCUAAGAAAAUUGAUCAUAUUUUUUAACUAAUAUCCCACUGCCACUUAAAUUUCGAAAAAUCACUAUUAUAUGAGAUGUUCUAGAUUUUCAACGUUUCUCCACAUUCUUUGAAAAUAGCUCUUUGGAAAGGAAUUUAAUUUCCAGUAAUUUGAAGAAAAUUCAAUUUAUAGCAGUUACCUUAUUUUCGGGACAUCGAAUUUUUGUUCAUUUUUUUCUGAAAGUUCGGUUCUCGGCCCUAUGUCGCAGUGGAACAAUCGCUAAAAUCUAGGGAAAAGCUAAAACAACUCAUAUAAUGGCGAUUACUCGAAAUUAAGGUCACAAUAUUUUUUUUUUUCAAAGCAAUUGAGAACAAAUUUAAAACAACUCAGAACUAUGAUCAUUAUCGCGAUAGCUUGAAAGACAUUUGUGGAAAAUAAUUUAAACGCUAUAUUUUGGAAUAUGAAACUAACCUAGAACAAUACAAAAUAAAUGCCAGAAUCGUAAUACUUCGAAAGUAUAGUGCCAGAUCAAAAAUCUUUUUUUUUCCUUCAAUUUUUUCCAUUCUGAACCCUAGUUUUGGAACAAAAUAGGACAGCCUUCAAAUCUUUUGUAACUUCAAAGUGUGGUGGCAACUUCUAGGUGGUAAGUUAGAGUCUGUUCUCUAAAUUCUAUAUUCAAGUAUAUGUUUACUUGUUGGUUCAAUUUUUUUCUAUUCUAUUAUACCUGAUAAUUCUUGGAAUGGCUGGAUCAAAAUUUGUAUCGUACCAUAUGUAUCAAAUUUGACUACAAAUAACACUUUCUAACCAAGUUUGGGAAUAUCAUUAAGUCUUUAAAUGAUUUAUCACUAUUGUAAAUCAUGAUAUACUGAGAAUAAACUUCACAUCUGUUAUAUCAAUCAACAGUUAAAACAAUCUCGUACAUUAAGAAUUUUAAAAAUGAUCAUCUUAAGUGCAAUAUGUAAUUAUGUGUGAUCCAGAAUUAUUUACCUUAUUAGUACCAAUUCAAAGUAUAAUAUGACAUUUCUUUUCCACUUAAAUGUCUCCAUGGCUUGUUGGAAGAUGUCACAGUUGUCUUCCUCUGCCAUAUCAAUUGUCUUAAGGUGGUAUUCGACACCUGAUCACCAGUUUAAGGUCAUUUUUUCCACAUCUCAAGGAGCUUCUUAGCAAUUUGGUUAUGAAUAUUUUGGAUUGUCUUAAGUAUGGGUUGGAUGAGACAUCUCAUGAUAUUACAGUAAUAAUCUGGUCCAAAGUAUAUAGCCGUUCUCUUUUUUUGGCAACGUAUUCCCUGGUAGUCACAUUAGGCUUACUUUCAUCCUUUUAACUAGGGUUUUUAGAGUUUGUUUAAACUCUAAAAAUCCUGAAGACACAUGUCUAUUGCUAGCAACUAUGCUUGAAAAAAAAAAUAGUGGAGAUCUUGCAUUUUGCCAACUUCUUGCACUAUCUUGAUCCAUCUGUAUACCUGAUUUCGAGUUUGCUACAGUUUUUAUUGACCCAUGAUUGGUGGUCAUUGAUUACCACUUCGAAUGGGAUAUCUGUGUCCUCGCUACGCAUUCGAUUCAUUGGUUUGUCACUGCUUUUUAGCAUAAUCAAUUCCAAAAUCCUCAGGUGAUCUGUCAGACUAUAAUUUUUCUGAAAGGUUAACCUGUAGGUGGCGCUAAAUGCCUUUUGUUUUUCACGAUUCGGUGGAUAAACAUGCGCUGAUUAUGUGACAAUGGAUUUAAUAUAAUUCUGGAUCAUUUAGAUAUGUAUGUAUAUGUACAGUGCAAAAAGGUACUCAUCUAUUAAAUAUGGGGCAAUAAAUAAUACUCUGGGCCAAUUUCCUAAACAUGUCUCUGGUCUGUUAAUGUAAAUAUUUUAUAUAUUUUUUUGUCAAACUUCACAUUUAAAUAAUUUCAAAUGUUAUACAAUUAUCUAUGGUAAAAAUAUAGAAUAUUUGAUUUAAUACUUAUUAUUGAAUCCAUUUACUGUAACCUAAUGUUCACAAUAUUUUUCCAAUUACGAGUCAUAUCAAAAUUUAAAAGUAAAUGUUCUCCAUAAAUUGUCAAAUUUUUUUAUUAAUCCUUUUUUUGUAGCAGUUGGACUGAAAAUCAGAAUUUAAUUCAAAUUUUGUGAUAUGGGCUUAAUUUUGAACAAAUUCCUGUGAGAAUAACUAAAGCAGCACUUGUUAUAAUUUAUAUUAAGCAAAAUAACAAACCAUUACCAAUCUAGACACAUUUUAUGGUACUUUCUAUUGCCUUUAAAGAAUUUCUUCAGGUUUAGAAACAUUUACCACUUAUUUUCGAUUUCCAUUAAAUACAUUCCUUUCUUGUACUUGCACACUACAUUUAUUCAUUAACCACUAUUCACUGUCACUACUAUUACGAAGUAUUUUAGUAAAGUGCGUUCCAUUUUGAAUUAAAAAAAAAUCAGUGUAAAUACAGCAGACAUUAAAUAAAUUGAAACAUGAGGUACCACGUUCUUUUAGCUAAAAAAACAGACUUCAUAUAACGAAACAAAUAAAAGUCACUAGAAUCUCUUUCGAAACUAUAUGGAAAAUGGUCAAAACUUCAUAGCUAAAACUUUGUAAAAGUCAUUUUGUAUUUGAACCAAUAUUGUCACCUUUGAUUCAUUUAUAGUCGUUUUUCCAUACACUUCACUGAUUAUUAGUUGAAUUUUAUUUGCGUUAACAUUUAUUAUAUUCAGAAAACUUAUCACUGGUCAAAUUUCAUAAGUGGCGGGAUUUCUGAUCGCCCAGCCAUUUCAAGCAAGUGCUACAAUGAAACUUACCUGGAGACAUUCCGCAUGUAGCUCAAUUCAAACAAUAAAGUACAAAGUUGUUCUAUUUGGAGAACAAAGACAUUUAACUUUACCAUUGGCAAGUUUGAUUAGUUUUGAUUAAUGAUAGUUAUAAAUAUAGAACAUUAUAUCAUUAGUUGUGCUAAUACAUAAUUUAUAAUGUACCAAAUAAAAUUAACUUGAAAGUUGAAACGUUAUGGGAUAAUAUAUCUCUAUCCACUACAAUACUCAAGCUGAUUGGGAGUUAAUAGAAGGUAUAUUGUCGAGAAAAACUUCCAUAAUCUUAUUUUCUCUAUUUUUAUUACCUGAUUAUGCAACAGCACCUGAACAUGUAUGUCCCCAAAUGUGCGAACUCCUAGAGACUGAGUUCUUCGUGAAGUUACACAAGUGUGUGGACGUGGACGCUAGUAGUGUAGUGGUUAUUCGUGAAAGAAUUUGAUAAUUGAAAAUUAUUCCUUCACUUCCCUAAAUUCUUUCAAUUUUAUCAAAUGAAUGAACUGUAUGCUUAUUUCUUUGGAAUCCAGAGACUCAUCUACAUCAACUACUUCAUCUGGAAGCGAAAGUAAAUACUACAUCUGCGUUAUCUCGUUCUGGUUACAAAUUAUUUUCAAUUUGAUAAUAAAAAUCACACAAAAAUACUGGUUUAAGUAACUAGAAAUCAAUAAAACAUAUUUUUUUUUGUCAUAUAAAAAUUAUGUUUAUAUUGUAUUAAGUACAAAUUAAUGUGCCCAAAUUUCGAGAAUUUUUUUUAAUACUCAUUGUAAGCCAACAACUUAGUGGAAUGAAUUUAUGAAGCUUUAAGUUUCUAAAGAAACCGAAGGUGUUUUUCAACACACCCAGUCCUUUUCCCAUUUUUCCUCUUUUUGGUAUGUCUUUGAUCUAUUGAUCUCUAUUUCUUCCCCUUGUAAUUAUCAUAUUUCUACUGCAGAUAUAUAUUUUGAUAUCUCUCAAAACGGCGCCGUAACCUUGGGACAUUUUAGUUGAUUAUGUUCAGCGAAAAUUUUUGGUACAGGUACCGUUUUAGUCGAAGUCAAGAGGUCAAUCUCGAUGUCAGAUGUUUUGCUAUGCCGUCCUUUCAAAUUAGUUACUUUUUGCAACUAAUCAUAAUUUCGUUUCUCCGUCUUACUCAUACAUCUGUAGCAUUUAAUCUGGGCUUUUGCUGUCCACUUUCACACCUUCCAUUUAGAUCUUUGAACUUGUAGUUUCAAUUCUAUCUUCCUUAGUGGUGCAUUGUUUUCCUUUAUGAAUUUAUCCUCACAUCACCCUAAACUUUGCGAGUACAAUCUAUGUAAUAAAUUGUGAUUUUUACGGUUAGUUUUGUAUAGUUUGAUAAAGUAUAUUGAAAUAGGUCAAAUUCCUUCUCAAAUUAGGCUUGGUGAAAACUUCAACAAAUUAUGUCGAAUUAUGUAAUUAACGAUGGUUUAUUUAAUGGACAAAAUUUGAGUUUCAUGUAGUGAAUCAUUUUUAAAAAUUGAGUUAAAAGAUUCACAAAUUUCCAUGUCGCAAAUGAAUUUACAACAUUUUUUCUACCUAAAUAUAUUAAUAUAAAAAUAAAAAAUGUCAUAUGUGUGGUAAUAGGCCCCUUUAUGACAAAAAAUCACAUUUAUAUUGUUGAAAAUACCAAAAAUUGUUCAUUAAAGUAGAUAUUUCAAAAUUAUAACAUUUUACAACCCUAUAACUUAUUAUUAUCAAUGCCACCUUGUAUAGUAUUCGGUUGACAUUUUUGUAAUAAUGCAUAUCUAAAUUUAAAUGUGUUUAUCAAUAAAUCCUCUUUAAUACUUUUGCAAAAGAAAAAAAUAA